AUGACGGCAGGAGCCACUCAAAAUGCCGUGCUCAGGCAAACGCUGCGGAAUUAUGACGCUGUACAAGUCCCACCACAUCCUCUAAAAGUUACAUAUCCUCCAGACGAGGUCUUUGGAUUUUUCGCAUACCAACAGCAACUUCAUCCUGCAAAGCGAUUCAUUCGCGAGAUUAAGAUUUGGAGCCCAUUAACGAACGAACAUGUCGUUCAAUUUUACGGGUUUAUCCUUAACAGUGGUUCGGGGAAUGUGAAACCGACUCCGGGUCUUGGUGUCAUACCGGCGCGAGGUGGAAGGGGAUUAUCUGAUUAUCUUAACCCGAAACAAACCAUGACUGAUGAUGAGCAUUUGACCAUGCCGACCAAAAUGGCCACCCACAACUGCGGGAUAUUGGAAGAGCCUGUAUUCCAUGAUCUAAAUCCCAGACGCAGACAAUGGAGGCCAUGUGGUUGGUACGCAGCUCCGGAAUUGUUGAAAGGUGGAUCCUCCUGCAGUAGACAGAGCGAUGUUUGGGCCUUCGGUUCAGACGAACUGACCCUCGCCGAUAUCUUCCGUGGCAAGCGUCCAUUCCACUACCACCAAGGCGCGACGAUCACCCUUCGAAUCUAUCCCUCCAUCUGCCGUCCUGGGGUACCUUAUCAGGACUCUCAGAAUCCUUCCGAGGAAAUACCACCUUUCUUGGAGCUGCUGGAUCAAGAAUUAGAGCAACCCACUGGACGUUGGGCAAGCACAUGCCAAUACACAAGUCCCACUUUCUGUGCUUACCGCGACGCGUUAUCUGGUGAACUGAAGAACUUCUUCGCCCAGCUAGAGGCAUGGCGCGAACUGCAGACCGUCGCCCAUUUAUUGUCCAAGAUAGCGAAGGCAGGAGAUCUCACCUCAGUUCUGAGCAAGCGAACUGAGGGAAAAAUUACGGCUUUUAAGCCUUCUGCGAUGCGGCUGGAAGAGAGUUACCAAGAAGGGAACGAUGGGCAAUCAUGUAGAUCCACAAAUGAAGGAUGGAUGAGCGGUCCAAUUCCUGAUGACCUUGGUAUUCGAAAGGGGAUAUCUGAAGAAGUAUCUGAGGGCGGAUCUCGAUAUGUUGGUAUCUCGGUGGCAAAAAUGGCAAUCACAACCAUUAUUCUCACCCAGACGUGUUGCCCUCCAGUACAUUCAUCCCCAAUGGUCUUUUCGGAUGUAUACUCAGUAAUCAUCGGCGGUCCGUUCAAGUCCCGGCUAACCCGUUGUUGGCAAUCGUUGGGCCCGUUUACCCAUGACGAAGGCAAGGAUUAG